AUGGAAACUUCGAUAUGUUCGCCAGAAAACCGAUAUAGUCACCCCUACAAGCCGUAUGACAUUCAGAUACAACUUAUGGAUGCCAUUUACGACACCAUCGACAACGGUUACAAAAUCGGACUCUUUGAGAGUCCUACUGGGACAGGCAAAACCUUAUCUAUUAUUUGCUCUACCAUGACGUGGCUCCGCGAUUACAAGCGGGAGAAUGUAUUUCAACCUAUGGCUGGUUUAGAUGGAAGUGAUACAGAUGAUCUGGAUUCAGACGAUGAGCCAGAGUGGGUCAAGAAAGCAUAUAGAGAUACGAUAGUUCUGAGAUCAGAGAACAAGAUGGUAGAUUACGAAAUGUACCUUGAAAAGAUCCAGAACGAGUACGAGAACAACAUACAAACUGCUGGAAGUAUUAAAAGCAGCCGACCACCUAAGAAAAAGAGGUCUACUGCAAAGAAACAAGAGCUCCACGAUGAAGACUUCUUGCCCGAAGACUACUAUAGUGAUUCCGAAGUUAAGCCGAAUGCUGAUAAGCUCACAGUUCUUGAGUCUGAAAUUUCGCAAUUGUUAGACAAAGUGAAUGGAAGGACGGAUGAGAUUGAGAUGACUAACGAUUGCCCUGUAAAUAUAUACUUUUCCUCGAGAACUCAUUCGCAACUUAACCAAUUUGCUCAUCAAUUGGCAUUAACUAAAUUUCAAUCAUCGUUUAAAGGAGUAGAAGAAAGAACAAAGUACUUGCCUAUUGGUUCUAGAAAGCAACUUUGUAUCAACGAAAAAGUCAAGAGCUUCUCGAAAAACGAUCUGAACAUAAAUGAUGUCUGUGUAGACCUCCAGAAAUCCAAGGAAGGAUGCCAAUUUCUUCCCAAGGACUACCUAAAUUCGUCUUUAACGAAAAAGCUUUCGGAUCUCAGUUUGUCUAAGAUCCAUGACAUUGAAGAAAUCGCAGACUUAGGUUCAAAUAUGAAGGUAUGUCCCUACUAUCUGGUCAGAAAGGGAGUGGAAAUGACAGAGAUAAUAUCGUUGCCGUACCAGAUUCUACUUCUGGAGUCUACGAGAGCCAUUCUCAACUUGCAAAUCGAAGAUUCCAUAGUUGUAAUCGAUGAAGCACACAACUUGAUGGAUACAAUCACGUCGAUGCACUCAGUAUGUAUCACUAUUGGCGAAAUGAAUAGCAUUAUCAAAGCUCUUAAAUUCUACCUCGGCAGGUUUCUUAAGAAGUUGAACAGUGGGAACAGAAUUCACUUGAUGAAGCUCAUCAAACUCUGCCAGUUGGUGAUUUCAUUUAUUCAGAAACUGGAGAAAUGCAACAAUAUCAAGGUUGGAAACGAAAUCAAUACAAGCGAUAUCUACCAGAACUCCACAGGAGAUAUGUUGAAUAUCCACAUCUUGGAAGCGUUCCUUGCGAAAUCAAAAAUAGCAUACAAGAUUGAAUCGUACAUGGAAAAGGUUGCUGAAAAUGAAAACGAACAAGCGAAAACUAGUAGCUCUAAUCCGCUUUUAUACAAAAUUGUUCAAUUCUUGAAGUGUUUGGUCAACCCUUCCAAGGAAGGGAAGUUCUUCUGGGACUCAACCAACGGCAUUACAUCCAUCAAAUACAUGCUUUUGGACCCUAGUUCUGUGUUCAAGGAUAUAGUUUCCAAGGCCCGCUGCGUGAUACUAUGUGGGGGUACUAUGGAACCAAUGUCAGAAUUCAAGAACUUCUUGUUUCCAUAUGUUGAAGACAAGAAAAUCAAAUCCUUCAGUUGUAAUCAUAUUAUACCACCUGACAAUUUGAAAGUGUAUCCUGUAUCUUCUCAAAACAAUGUUACUUUAGAAUUCCUGUUUGACAAUAGAAACAACCCGUUGAUGAUCGAGGCUCUCGGAGCUUCGAUCGUUCGUAUCUGCCAACUGGUACCGGAUGGAGUUGUGGUUUUCUUUCCAAGUUACAAGUAUAUGAAUCACAUAUUGUCGAUUUGGAAGUCUACAGAUGUAUUGACUCAGAUAGAGUCACAGAAGAAACUCUUUGAAGAGCCUACAAGUGCAUCACAAGUCCAGACAAUUCUAGCAGACUAUGCGAACACAAUUAAAGAAGAGAAAAAGGGUGCAAUUCUAUUCUCAGUUGUGGGGGGAAAGAUGUCAGAAGGGAUCAAUUUUGCAGAUGAACUAGGAAGAGCAGUAGUGAUGGUGGGGUUACCAUAUCCAAACGCUUAUUCUGGAGAAAUUAUCGCCAAGAGGAAAUUUAUAGAAUCAGAAGCAAUUGCAAGAGGCUGCUCCAUGCUGGAAGCACAGAGAAACUCACAAAGCUAUUAUGAAAACUUGUGUAUGAGGGCAGUGAACCAAAGUAUAGGAAGAAGCAUUAGACAUAUCAACGAUUACUCAAUCAUAUAUCUCGUUGAUUGUCGAUAUCAGUCGUCUAGGAUUCAGAAUAAACUCAGUUCCUGGGUUAGGAAAAGAAUAGAAACAAGGAACUAUAACAUGGAUCAGAUCAUGGAAGAGACAAGAGACUUCUUCAUGUGCAAAACCAUUGCGAGACUUGCCUGA